AUGGCAAGACUUGGUGGCAUAGCCUGUUGUUGGCUGCUGGCUGCUGGCCGUCUCCCGGCGUGCUGGGAUCGACCCCGAACUACUCGCAAGCGGCCCGUUGGUGGCCAAGGCACCACACUCACCCUCCCUGCUCGGCCGACUGCGGCCACGGGCUUUUUUCCCUAUCACCAUUGCCAUGUCCAUAUGUACGUCCGCGCCUGCACCAGGGCCAAACAAGACACGCAUCCGUGUCCGCGGCUACGCACAAGACUGGGUCUGCCUGUGGGGAUGCAUAUUCCAUACAGUACUGUAGCAUUGCUAUAUCCUGCCCAUAUACGCAUACCCAGCGAUAUACCACCGACAGAACGGCCGUCAGCCUGCCUGGCCUGGUGGCUUGGGUCCAGCUGCACCGCUCCCCGUGAGCUGGGUCGCGGGCUGGUGCUGGUGCUGGUGCUGGUGCUGGUGCAAUGGCAAUGUCAUGACCGCUGCUUCCGCCCACCUGGACUCGUCGCGCCCGCCCGGCCCUUCUUUUCGCCUCACCCACCACCAUCCGAUCCCAAUACCCCAGCAUUCCGCAUGCGCUAG